CGUUCCUCAUAGCCAGAAGGUUAGAAGGUUUGCGAGCAUGCUGCCCUCUGCUGGUGUGGAGUGUCAACUCAUGUCUGUGGCAUGUGCGUGCAUGCGUGUGUGUGUGUGUGUGUGUGUGUGUAGAUUAGACAACACCCCGAUGCUCACCCUCCCCCCCAGCUCUGCUAUAUAAACACAGAGAGAGUGAGAAGUGUUCAGUCCAGCAGCAGACGCACAGUCAGCACACACGCACGCACACACACGCACACACACACUGAGGUCUUGGAUCAAGAUGGACGACUUGGCUCUUCCUUCGUGGCUUUGCAUCCUGGCGGUGGCCAUGUUUGCAUGCGGUGUCAUGAAGAGGAUCCUGGCCUCCCACCUGAGCCCCGCCUCCACCGUGGCGGCGUGGUUGGGGGCCACCGUGCUGAUGGAGCGCACGUGGGCGCUGUGUGUGCCCGCCGGGCUGCUGCUGGCGCUGCUGGGACUCGCCUACGUGCUCUAUGCCGUCGCCAGGGCCCGCACGCCGGACGCCGCCCUGCCCGCUACGGGGAAGGCCGUCGUCAUCACAGGAUGUGACUCGGGCUUCGGGAAGGCGACGGCGAAGCGUCUCGAUGCCCUUGGCUUCCAGGUGUUCGCCACCGUGUUAGACCUGUCGGGGGAAGGAGCUCGUGAGCUCCAGAGGACGUGCUCGCCACGACUCACCCUCCUGCAGGUGGACAUCACACAGCCGCAGCAGCUCCAGCAGGCGCUGACGGAUGUCCAGGCCCAGCUGGGCUUCAAGGGUCUGUGGGGUUUGGUCAACAACGCCGGCGUUUGUGUGAACUUCGGCGACAUCGAGUUGUCCCUGAUGUCAAACUUCCGCGGGUGCAUGGAGGUCAACUUCUUUGGAACGCUCAACGUCACUAAGAGCUUCCUGCCGCUGCUGCGACAGGCCAAAGGUCGUCUCGUCACCGUCUCAAGUCCUGCUGGUGAUCAACCUUUCCCCUGCCUGGCGGCGUACGGCGCGUCCAAGGCGGCCCUCAACCUCCUCAUCAACACGCUGAGACACGAGCUCGCACCCUGGGGCGUGCACGUCGCCACCAUCCUGCCAUCCUCAUACAAGACAGGUCAGUGCAGUAACCACGCCUACUGGGAGGAUCAGCACCAGCAGCUGCUGCGGUCGCUGCCGCGGGCGCUGCUGGAGGACUACGGCGAGGACUACGUGAGCGAGACCAAGGAGUUGUUCUACAGCUACGCCCGGCAGGCCAACCCCGACCUCAGCCCCGUGGUGGACGCCAUCGUGCAGGCGCUGCUGUCGCCGCAGCCUGAGGCGCGCUACUUGGCGGGGCCGGGCGUGGGCUUGAUGUACUUCAUCCACAACUACUGUCCCUUCAGCGUCCGCAACCGCUUCCUGCAAAGCCUCUUCGUCAAGAAGAAGGUGACACCGCAGGCGCUGAGGAAGCAUGCGGCCUUUGACCUCGUCUCCCACGACGACAACAACAACAACAAGGAGGAGAGGGAGAAGGUCAAGUAGCCGGACUGUAGGAUCACCCGGAAGCACCAGUCACUCGCUAGAGCUUUAGGACACGCACACGUUGCAAACGGAAGUCGGGGGCGGGGCUUAGGAAUGACGCCACCAGCUACCAACCAAAGACGAGCAACAGGAAGGCAUCAAAGACAACAAGUCAUCCUUCAAGGAUCGGCCCGGACAAGCUCCGCCCCCCCGAGGGACGGCACAAGUCUUUAAGGAAGUGCGGCGACAGGUGUAAGGACGGUGACGCUGUGGACACGCCCCCCUUCGGCCUCAUGUCUAAUGGUGCCACAUGUGACAUCACACCGCAACAAUAAAAGCAGAAAAUAGUUAGCCAGUCUUCAACACGCCAUUACUUAGGUAUGCAGUAGUAAGUCAUAGUAAGUAACAGUAAGUAGUACUAGUAGUAGUAGUACCACCACAAUGAUGUCACAUUUGUUUCUGAUUGUAUUACAGUGUUCUCUCAUUUAUCGAGGUUACCAAAACAGCCUGCAAUAAGUGAAAUCCGCUAAGUAGCCGACUUCAUUUUUUUACAAUUAUUACAAAAGUUUUAAGGCUGUAAAACCCCUCACCCUACACUUUAGACACUUUUCUCAGACAGCCAUGAACAUGUUCUCACAUUUCUCUCUUGUUUAAAAACUUCCAAUAAACCUUCGUGCAGUCCCCCUCCUUCGAACCGAACAUCAUUUACAAGCUAGCGAGCAAGCAAACUAGCAAUAGAGAUACACUCAACUUCCCACAAUGCAAUUGUUCUUAAAGGACCAGGCUCUGUCUUUAACAGGUUCAUGCUGUAAUUAAAAAAAGCACUAAAAAAAAUACACGUAACAGCGAAUACGCGAAAGGUGAACCGCAACAGAGCGAGGGAACACUGUAUUAGAUUUGACAUGAUCCUGUCAAUCAUAUUGCAUCCUGUCAAAAUGUGAAACCUUUUUCUUACUGCUGAUGUUUGUUGUGUUAAAAUGAUAUUUUUGUUCACUGGUGGACCCAGUGAAGCACGGCAUCGGCGACUUUUAUUUAUUGUGCACACACACACACACACACACACACACACACACACUGCAAAGUGUCUUACAGUUUGCUCCUUCUGUGUUUUUUUUGUUAUAUUUCAUU